AUGUAUCCUUUUGUCUUCCUGAUCGCCCUUUGCUUGGGAAUAGCCUCAGCUACUAUAGAGCUUGAUCAAAGUUUAGAUGCACAAUGGAUUCACUGGAAGGCAACACAUGGGAAGCAAUAUGGAAUGAAUGAGGGCUGGAGGAAAGCAGUGUGGGAGAAGAAUAUGAAAAUGAUUGAACAGCACAAUCGAGAACAAAGCCAAGGGAAACACAGCUUCACGAUGGCAAUGAAUGGCUUUGGUGACAUGACCAAUGAAGAAUUCAGACACAUGAUGAAUGGCCUUAAAAUCGAGAAGGAUGAGAAAGGGAAAAUGUUUAAAAUACCUUUCUUUGCUGAUAUCUAUGUACCUGUGGACAGGAGACAGACACCUGCUGUAAGUCCUGGUCGGUGUGCUUCUGGCUGGGCUUUUAGUGCAACUGGUGCCCUUGAAGGACAGAUGUUCCGGAAAACUGGCAAACGUGUUUCCUUGAGUGUGCAGAACCUCCUGGACUGCUCUUGGCCUCAAGGCAAUGAGGGCUGCAAUGGUGGUCUAAUGAGCAAUGCCUUCCAGUAUGUUAAGAACAAUGGAGGCCUGGACACAGAGGAAUCCUAUCCAUAUGUUGCAAGAGAUGGACCCUGCAAAUACAGGCCUGAGCAUUCUGCUGCCAAUGUCACCGCUUUCGAGAACAUCCCUCAGCAGGAGGAGGCCCUUAUGAUGGCAGUGGCAAAUAUGGGGCCCAUCUCAGCUGCUAUAGAUGCAAGCCUGGAUACCUUCCGCUUCUAUAAAGAAGGUAAGCAUUUGUCGAUGUAG